GCUUAUCCAUUAAACCUCGGUAAACGCACUAAGCAAACACCGCGUCAGACGGGCACAGUGCGGAGGAUGUGCCUGUCCCACGUCAGUUAACAGCCUUUGUAUCUGUGCUUCACCAUGGGAUCAUGGGUUUCCAAACCUCAAGUGCAAGUUCUUCUGCUGGGUCUGGACAACGCUGGAAAAUCGACUCUCCUCUACAAACUGAAGCACAACACUUGUGUCAGCACCGUCCCUACCAUUGGCUUCAACGUGGAAAUGCUCGAGGCCAGAAAGAACAGGAAAAAAAUUGCUAUAACGAUCUGGGAUGUCGGCGGUCAAGGGAAGAUGCGCGACCACUGGCCGGAUUUCUACCAGAACGCUGGAGCUAUCGUGUUCGUCGUGGACAGCGCCGACCAGGAGCGCCUGAACGAGGCGCAAAUGGAGCUGGAAAGAACUCUGAGAAAUGAUGAGCUCCGGGGCCGUCCGCUGAUUCUUCUCGCCAACAAACAGGACGUCGACGGCGCGCUGAAUGUCACUGAAAUGAAGGACAGAUUCAAUAUGAGAAAGAUCUGCCAGGAGCGGGAUUGUUUCGUUCAGCCAUGCUCUGCGUCGACGGGAUUUGGAGUUGAGGAGGCCUUUAAACGAGUGGUCCAAGUGGUCAAACUCCCGUUAGAGCCCGGUGCAGUGAAAGACAAUAUCAAGGAUACAGUGCACUACCUCAGAACAAACAGCAAACAUUAACAUUUAUUUAUAAGCAAUGUGUUAUUUGACAAUAUAACGAAUGC